AUGGGUAAUUGUAUUGGUAAAAAAUCUUCAAUAUAUUAUAAACAACGUAGACAUUCGUCUGCAACGAUUAAUACGUCUACGAAAUUAUAUUAUAAUGAUCAACGACCUACAAAACAAGCUUCAUCAUUAGCAUUAGCAUCACUAGCAACAUUGAAUACAUCAUCAGAGCGGAGUAGCAUUUUGCUGUCUCAUAUGUCCGAUGCAAAAGAAACUAAUAUGGUUUUUAACGAUAAUGAUGAGAGCAAAAGAAAAGUUAUUCAAUAUUCGUCAUCCUCACUCUUACCGACUAUGACACCAUCAACUAAUGAGCAAUUCGUAUUCAUGCGUACAUCAUCACCAACUUUGUCGCCUGUUCAAUUAUCAUCUGAAUGUUGUAAAAAAAUUAAAUCUAGCAAUACGGUGACAGUUCUUAGUGAGAAUAACAUAAAGCAACCACUUUCAUUGACAACAAACGAACAAGAUAUGACUAUAGGACACCUGUUUAGCAAGAAAAAAGAUAUCAACAAAGAAAAUGAUAAGGAAAAAAUGACCAUAAACAUUGAAAUACAUAUGCCUGAUGAAGAUCAGAAUAAAAGUCAUCAAUAUUUUACAAUUAUUAACGAUGAAAAACCAUCAAAUAAUGAAACUAUGAUUGAUACACAAGAAAUAAUACAAGAAUCACUUGAUACUUCACGUUCACCAUCUCUAUUUGAUUCUUCACUUUCAUCUCUUUCUUGUAAUACAACACCAUUUUCAUCACAAGAUCGACUUAUUCUUUCAUCAUCACCAUCAUCAUCUUCAUCAGCUAUUCUAUCAUCAAUUGGAUCAACUGCGGUUAUUCCUAUUCCACCAUGUUCACGUUCAACAAAAAUAAAUCAUAAUGGAUCACGUUCAUUAACUUAUUCCGAUCAAAUUUAUCUUAAUAAUCAAUUAUCAUAUUUAUUUCCAACAAAUGAAGUUUUUACAACAGUAUUACCAACAUCAUCAUCUCGUCAUAAUAAUGAUUUAUUUAUUAAUGAAUUUCAUCAAAAUAUUGUUUCUCAUAAUUGUAAAAUACUUAGUACAGUUAUUGAUAAUGUUGUACAACAACAAUUUAUUCGUAUUCAUCAAUGUUCAAAAGUUAUUUUAAUUGAACAUAAAGAACUUGAAUGUGAACAUUUAAAAGAUGUAAAAAAAUUUCAUACACCAUCAUUAAUUUUUGAUGAUCAACAAAAAAAUGUUUAUAUAACAAAACAUGCACAUACGCUUGGUCUUCAAUCGGUCACAUGUAUAACGAAUAAUGUAACACGUUUACCAAAAUUAUUUUCAUCAUGUGAUCAUUGUUCAUUAUUACUUUCCGGUUCGAAACUUAAUAAACGUUUACAUCCAUUUAUUCUUGUUAAUACAACACAUAAUCUAGUAGAAAUGUGUUUUAAUGAAACAAAUAAUAAUGCAAUAUUUGGUUAUAUAUCACAAAAACAUCCAACGAAAAUUAAACAAACAAUUAUAAAUAAUUCGAAAUUCGCAUAUUCAUAUGAUCUUGAUAUUGGUCAUUCAACAUUUUAUUUUGUUUUACGUAUACAUUCAUGGCCACAUGAAUUACGUCAAAUCUAUGAACAACGUCAUCGUUUAUGGCCGAUUAAUACAGAUAAAUUAUUUGAUGGUACUUGUUUUAUUCGAAUCAAUACGACUGAACAAAAUAUACCGACAAUAAAUAAAUGUCUUGCUUGUGAAAAAAUGCUUUCAUCAUCAUCCGAUUCAACUUGGUCGUAUACAUAUACAGCUAUUGAAGCAAAACUUGUUGCAGCUAUGUCCGAUGAUCAAAUACGUUUUGCAUCGAUCAUCUGGAAUUAUUUGAAUGGAAAAACACACGGCGAACUUCCAUUUCGUAUAUUUAAACAUACACUUUUUUAUUUCUUUGAACAAUAUUCAUCCGAUUGUUUUAUAUCCUGUGAUUUGCUUAGUCAUGCACAUCUUUUUACUGAUUUUCUUUUCAAUUGUCUUCAAACAAAAUCCAUUCCUCAUUAUUUUAAUUCAAAUUAUAAUCUUUAUACUGAUAAUUUAUCAACAACAUUAAUGAGUUCAAUAUCAAUUAAAAUGACAUAUUUAGAUUUAAAAAGUUUUUCUAUUCAUCUAUUACCAACAUCAUCAUUGUAUCUUUAUCAAUUAAUAUAUCUUAUACAAUUUCAAACAAAUUUUUUACAAUAUCUUCUUGCAUGUACAUCAUCAAAAACAAAUUCAAUUCAAACAAUACUUGAUACACAUGAACUUGUGAUAAAACAAUUAUCAUUAGGUAUUAAAACAUAUAAACGACAAUUAGAUACAAAUAUUGCCUUGAAAACACAUAAAACAUUGACACUCGAUUGUUUAUAUAGAUAUCAAGAAGAAAAUGUACAAAUUAUACUUGAUUAUCUACCAUUACUUCGAGAUAAAGAACCUUCGUUACUUAUUCAUUCACUUUGGUCUAUGUUUAUUCAAUAUUUUAAUUGUUUAUUUGAUGAUCUUUUUACUUCUUAG